AUGUCAGGUCGUGGAAAAAGUGGCAAGGCCAAGGGGAAGAAGAAGAAGAAGAGCAAGACCCGGUCCAGCAGGGCAGGGCUCCAGUUUCCCGUCGGUCGUAUUCAUCGUUUCCUGCGCAAGGGCAACUACGCCGAGCGCGUGGGAGCAGGCGCCCCCGUUUACCUGGCCGCCGUGCUCGAAUACCUCGCUGCUGAAGUGCUCGAGUUGGCGGGCAAUGCCGCUCGCGACAACAAGAAGACGAGGAUCAUCCCACGUCACCCCCAGCUGGCCAUCCGCAACGACGAGGAGUUGAACAAGCUGCUGUCGGGCGUCACCAUCGCGCAGGGUGGCGUGUUGCCCAACAUCCAGGCCGUCCUCCUGCCCAAGAAGACGGAGGAGAAGGCCUCAGCCUACCGGACACUGCGAGGAAGAACACAAAACGGUCCUUUUCAGGACCACCACAUGUUUGUCACGGCGGGCUAG